AUGCCUCCUCAUGGAUCCUCAUUCACAGCGUUGAAUUUGCCUGCAACAUUCGCAUUGCCGCAAUGCAUGGAAUACUUUACUCUCACCGCCGGCCCGAACACUGACCUCUGGCGCAAGCCGCCCAAUGGCGACACUGCUACAGCGCCGAUUGUGUUUACUUCGUUACGGAAUCCAUUCGUCGUAGCAGAAGUCACGGUCAGUGCGGAUUGGGAGAUGGAAUUUGACCAGGGCGGGAUCGUGGUCUUCGCCGGAGCUGCACCCCAGUCAUUUUCUUCGGAAAGUACGCCACUUUCAUCGGGGACGCCGUUGAAUCUUCAUGGCAUGUCUCAGCCACCGCGGCCUUGCAAAUGGGUCAAAGCCGGCAUGGAAUUCUGCUCAGGAACCGUGAAUGCUUCCUCGGUCAGUGCCACAGCCGACGGGGCUGACUGGUGUGUGUCGCCACUCUGCCUGCCUGACAGCGGACCGAUGACCGUGCACUCUCUACGCAUCAAGCUGGAGCGGGUGGGCCAUUCACUUCUGGUAUGGUAUCAGAUCCCAUCCCUGUCCCCAUUUGCCACGACGCCGGGUGCGGUGGGUAGCACGUGGAAGAAGCUGCGAGAAGUGACAUGGUUCUUCUACGGGGUUGAGGACAAGUUUGUUCACGUGGGGGUAUAUGCGAGUCGUCCGGCCAACAUCUCGCGCAGCAGCACCAUGUGGGAGAUGAUGAACGGGCCGAUGAUGAGUAGUAGUGCCAUAGAUGGGCAUGAUGAAGGUCUGGUGGUGGAAUUUGAGGAUCUGGAGAUUUACUGA